UAUUGUUUUUUUAUCGGGAGUAUACAUGAAUAUAAUAACGUAAUGUUUACUUGAUUUCCUACGCUCGUUUUUAGUCUUUUUGAUUCUUUGUUGACAAGAUCGUAGUCUCUUUCGUCUUUUUCUGCUUUUGGGUUUUCACUUUAUCUCUUCUCGUAUUUCUGUGUAGUGGGAAACCAGACAUUUUUGUUUAGUUGUAUUGUACUAAUUUUCUUGCUUUAUACUCACCUUUUUUCUCUCUCUCUGAACUGUCCACUGCCUCAUUUACCAAGUUUUUCUUUGUUGUUGCAUAGCCAAACGAGGAAAAGGACAUGUAAAUGCCUUUGUUCCUGUUUAUGCAUUCCCUUUCAGAUUUCUGGUUUCAUUAUCCAUUCAAACAGCAUCCAGCAUGUUUUGUCUUUGAUUGUUAAGGAAAGACCCGAUUUUUCUGAGUUGUAAAGUGGUUCAUAUUUUGAGCUGAGAGAAUAUUGGGAAUCAGGAUUGUGGGCUUGGUUGACCAGACUUGCUAUCCCAGCAACUUGAUGUGAGAUCUAGAGUGAAAAUAGGGACAACUUGACCUUAUAUUCAUCAGAUGUCAGCAUUCUGGAGUUGAGCAAAUGGGUUGUUGUGUCUCGACAAGCAGUAGAAGUACUUGUAGCAGCAAGAGCAAUGGAGAUACGGUCUCUCCAUCUUGUUUAGAAAUUGGAUUCUGUGGGCAGAAGAGAACAAGACGAACAUUCUCUGAUCAUGUUAUUUCUCUUCACCAUUUACCAUCCUUACCUAGCAGAAUUUUCUCUAAUGGAAAGAGCCGGGGUUCGUGCAUCUUUACGCAGCAGGGCCGCAAGGGUAUUAAUCAGGAUGCCAUGAUUGUGUGGGAAGAUUUCAUGUCUGAAGAUAUGAUCUUUUGUGGUGUUUUUGAUGGGCAUGGUCCGCACGGUCAUCUUGUUGCACGCAAAGUUAGGGAUGCUCUACCUCUUAAACUGCUAUCAUUUUUGCAUUCUUCUGAAUCAAAGCGAAAUGGGUCUGGUAAAACUUGCUUCAAAGGGAAUGUAAAAUCUGAUAGUGUAGAAUUUGAGAAGGAUUGCUCCACAGAGGAUAAAAUGAACUCUAUGUGGAGAGAAGCUUUCAUGAAGGCAUACAAGGCUAUGGAUAAGGAGCUCAGGUCCCAUCCAAAUUUGGAUUGCUUCUGCAGUGGGAGCACUGCUGUGACUAUAGUGAAGCAGGGUUCCAAUCUGUUCAUGGGCUAUAUUGGGGAUUCUCGGGCAAUCAUGGGAUCAAAGGAUAGCAAUGAUUCAAUGGUGGCUAUUCAGUUAACUGUGGAUUUGAAGCCUGAUUUGCCAAGGGAAGCAGAAAGAAUUAAGCGCUGCAAAGGUAGGGUAUUUGCUUUGCAAGAUGAGCCUGAAGUGCCUAGGGUGUGGUUGCCCUUUGAUGAUGCACCAGGAUUAGCAAUGGCCAGAGCCUUUGGAGAUUUCUGCUUGAAGGAGUAUGGAGUGAUUUCUAUCCCCGAGUUUUCCCAUCGGCAGCUUACUGACAGAGAUCAAUUCAUUGUUCUUGCAUCAGACGGGGUGUGGGAUGUUUUAAGCAAUGAGGAGGUGGUUGAAAUAGUAUCUUCAGCACCAACACGAUCAUCAGCAGCAAGGAUUCUGGUAGAUUCUGCUGCCAGGGAGUGGAAACUGAAAUACCCUACUUCAAAGAUGGAUGACUGCGCUGUAGUAUGCUUAUUUUUGGAUGGGAAAAUGGACUCAGAAUCUGAUUAUGAUGAACAAGGCUUUUCGUCUGCAACCAUACAGAGCAACCAUUCAGGUAACCCCAUUGAGUCAGAUGAUGGACAAAAGUCUGAGCCAUCAUUGCAGAGGAACUUCACUGUGAGAUCCUCAGAAGAAAAUGAGACUAAUGUAGCACUAACUGUUGAUGUCGAAGAUGGAACAUCAUCAGCUGAUGAUCAAAACUGGUCAGGUUUGGAAGGGGUCACUCGUGUAAACUCACUUGUCCAACUUCCUAGAUUUUCUGAGGAAAGGCCAAACUCUUGAAUUUAUUUGUUGAUUUCGUGGGGACUGUUAUUGUAAUACUUGGCACAACACUGAAUUCAAGAAAGAAAAUUUUUCUGGAGGGGUAUCAUUUUGAUGCUCUUUUGUGGGCUAA